AUGCAGUUGUUUUCAAGCCUUGCUCUUUUUCUCUUUUUGUCGUCUACUUGCACAAGUCUUACAACUUAUGCCGACCAGAAACCUAUUGGAGAAACUGAAGAUGCAUUUGACACUAUCCGAAAAGCCUUGAAGAAAGCAAGCAUUAUUGACGAAGUCAUCGAUGACUUCCAGCCAAAAUGUUUCGUAGCUCCCUAUUAUGGUAGCAAACAAAAGCCUGUAGCAUUUGGCAACAGAUUCAAACAGUCAGAUACUAAAUGGAAGCCUACAUUGAAGACCUUCUGUCCGAACAUGACAAGCACGCCGGGUCUUACAGUUGCCCUUACGGACCCUGAUGCCCCUUCAAGGAAGAACCCGAAGUGGGGUGAGAUGUGCCAUUGGAUCACGAUAAUCUACGCCACAGCUCAGGACGCAGCCUCAGGUCCGCAAGGCCUGGAAUUCGAGUCCGAUUUCACCUCCCCUGCAGACGUCGUGGAUUAUAAACCGCCUGGUCCACCAGCAAAGACAGGCUAUCACCGCUACGUCUUCCUUGUCCUGGAAGGCGAUGUGACGAAUCUCACAGCACCUGAAGAUCGUCAGCACUGGGGUACCGGGAAGAAAGGACAUGGUGUUAGAGACUGGGCUGAGAAGGAAGGCCUGAAGGUUAUAGGAGCUAAUUACUUUAUUGAGAAGAACAAGAAGCAGUGA